GGAUUCCAAAGAUUGAGUUAAGUGAAAAGAAAAAUCGGAAAAUAGGCGCAUUUCGUAAAACAAAGGAAAAAAUAACACAAUUUGACCUCCAACCCGGUACCUUAUAGCGGUUGACCCGUUUUUCUCACCGGAUUAGAUUCAAAGUGGGUCAACCCACGGGUCGACCCGCGGGUUGAUAACCUUGAUGAUGAUCAAGUGAUCAAGGAACAACUGCAUCGUAGUUGGGCUUUGGAUUUAGGCCAGCUCAUUCGUGUGACGGAGUGAAAGCCUUGGAUAGGAAUUAAACACCGCAGCAGGCUCGUGGGCCGUGGCACAUCCCUAAACAACAGAAAAAAUAAAAAAUGGAAAGAUCGCUGUGGUUAGGUUAGAUUGAGGUAGAACUUAGGAGUUAGAGUAGUUGGGUGGAAGAAGGGGACAAAUUGGUGGAGAAAGAGAAAUGGGAAAAGGGAAAAGCAGCGGGCGGCUUUCCCAGCAGAGUACAUGCUUAUCCGAACCCACCUGCUGUUCCAGGCCUCUAGCAUAAACGACACAAACCGUGCAUGCUUCUGAAGGUAAUCCUUCCCUCUUUCCACCGACAAACUUAGCUUACCCUCCAUCCCCAACACCAGAUCAUCCUCUGCUUCUCUCACCCAACCGCCUCUGCCUCUGCCUCUGCCUCGCCGGCGACAUCAUACUUCUCCGAUCAUCUCUCUAUCUCUGCCUCUGCUCCUCCGUCUCUUCACCUUUCGGCCGCAACAGCUACUUCUCCUACAGAGCUCAUCACAGGUACUCUUUCCCUUCUCAAUGGCCUCAUACUAUAUUCACUUGGUAGUCUACUUGUCUUCUCCUCUGUCAUAUAUGAUUGCUCCUCGAUCCUCUGUCUUAGUCCUUAGAUAAAUUUUGUAAUUGUUGUGAUCAAUUGGUUGGAACGAUUCCCCCGCGCGCGCAAUAGCAAUUCCUUGAGUUAUUGUAUGAUUGAUGGUGAUAGGUUAUGAUAAUAAUGGCGAUACCCUAUUCAUGUCUAUCCAUUCACCUCAAUUCUAACAUUAAAAUAUGACAAUAUGAUAAGGUCCACUCCAUUAUUAUAAUGUGUAUCAGUAUCAUCAUCAGACAUCAAUUGAUCGUCCGCAGAUCAUCGUAGCAAGCAGCAACUAAUUUGGCCAGCAUUGGAUCCAACUAUCCAAGCUAUGGCUCCUGGACCUGUGAAGGUGUACAUCAUAUACUAUUCAUUGCACCGACAUGUGGAGACUAUGGCUCGACAAGUUCAGCUAGGUGCUAACUCCGUCCCAGGCGUCGAAGCAACUCUUUGGCAGAUACCGGAGACACUGAACGACACCAUAUUGCAAAAGAUGAAGGCGCCUCCGAAACCAGAUGACGUGCCAGUAAUCCAAACCCAGCAGCUGCUGGAAGCUGACGGGUUCCUGUUCGGGUUCCCUUCCCGGUUCGGAGUCAUGGCGGCCCAAUGCAAGGCCUUCUUCGACGCUACCACUGAGCUCUGGGCUUCCCAGUCGCUUGCUGGAAAGCCUGCCGGUAUCUUCUGGAGCACUGGCUUCCAUGGCGGAGGACAGGAGCUCACAGCAUGGACGGCGAUCACGCAAUUAGCCCACCACGGGAUGCUGUUUGUGCCGCUGGGGUACACGUUUGGGAGCGGGAUGUUUGAGAUGGAAGAAGUGAAAGGCGGGUCGUCUUACGGGGCCGGGACUUUCGCGGCGGAUGGGAGCCGGCAGCCGACGGAGCUGGAACUGCAGCAGGCGUUUCACCAGGGGAAGUAUGUUGCUGAGAUCACUAGAAAGCUUAGAAGCUGAAUGAUUGAUCAGUGAAACUUUGCAAUGGAUCAGAUAAGAAUCCGCAAAGGGUCUUUCGUGGCCACAACUUGUAUAUAUAUAAACCUACUCUGUCUACUUCUUCACGAAGGGAACAGAGAGUUUACCAGAAGGUAAUUUACAACGCUAACAAACCGAAAUUAAAGCUAUCUACGAAUAAAAGAAUGACACGUAUGUAUAUACAGUAAAAACGGAACAUGAGU